CGUCUCUUUAUGUAACAUCCAUCCAUCUUGAUGGAAUCUCUCGAUGGGCAUCCUUGACGUUUUGGACGUUGUUUCCCAGAAUCUUGCCGCCAUCGGAGGCCUUUCAUUUGAAGCUUUCGAGGCCUUGCCCUACAAGCCACUACCAGAUGUCCCCGAUGCCUCUUACACGAUUCUUCAUUUCUCAACGGCGGAUAAGCCUGCUGUGAAUGAAGAACAGACACCAGCAAACGCGAAUCGGACCCUCCACGAGACAUGCCAGAAGGUUUUUGGGAGCACGGGGGCGCUCAAGUUUGAAUAUCUCAACGAAGAAACGGAUGCCAAUAAACAGUGUAUCCUCACGAUAACACGUCCGAAUGGCUCGAUGAGAAGCUACCAGUCAGACACCACGUUUACUCGAAAGACGGAAGCGAAAGCGCAGGUGUGCGAGCGGGCUAUCGAGCAUGGCGCACUCAAAUUUAUCGCUGAAGGGGAGCCGAAGGUCUCUGGACAUCUCGCUCUAUUGGAGAAUGGGAAUAAGGCUGCUGAAGGGCUCCCUGAAAAGGACCCUGGAGUCAAAGCUAUAGAAGACUGGUGCGAAGGGAGCAAACUCUUGGUCCAGUGGUAUGAUAUUGUUGCCAAGGAUGGAGAGCGCCAUGCUGCUGCUCUCCGGAUUCUUGCGACUUCACAUUCAUUUCGUGUAUACUCCACCGCCGCGCUGUAUAAGGACUUUACCGAAGCCAAGACUGCGUGCGCAGGAGUAGCGAUUGCAGAAGGGGCUCUGAAAUUCACUGGGGAAGCCUCAUUACCCGCGGCUCCAUCUGUUGGACGGACGACCCUUCAAGAAUUCUACGAUUUGCUUCCUCGUCCUCUUCCCGAGCCUUCACUGUCAAAGCAAAACGUGUCAGAAGUUCAAGCAGUCGGUUGGCUCAACCAGACCGUUCAGUCAACGCGCGGUAGUCAGCUACAAGCCGAAUACCUGCCCUUCAUGGAGAAUAGUAUGUCAGGUUGUCUCCUCCGAAUCGACCGUCCGAAUCCUAAGGAAUGCAAAUCGUAUAUCGUUGAUGCGCGCUUUCACAAACGAAGCGAGGCAAAAACGGCCGUAGCUUUAUUGGCCAUGUCCCAGGGUGUUGGGGAGUGGUUGAAGGAGGUGGCGAAAGAGGUCAACAGGAUUACACAAGAGAUGAAGAGAGUCAAGGAUUCCUUUCUACCGAGAUUGAUAAAAGAGUGUCAGAUCUCCAACGGCGAGCAGCCUACAUUUGAGUGUAAGAAUGAGCGGGAUGCAUGGUCGUGUACACUAACAGUCAACUUGUCUCCGACUAAAGGCCAACAAGAUCUUCGAGAGUUUUCGGUGCCUACGCAGUAUCGUAAUCAGUCCGAUGCAAAGGUUGCGGUGUGCUGUAAGGCGGACAACGAAAAGAUUAUCGACCUCCUCCGAUUCCGAAGAGAGCCCUCGCUUUCCCAAUACUUGGAAGCGAAGAAACGGAAACAGCGAGAUGAUGAAGUCGAAGCUUCCAGUAAGCGGCAGAAGAUGGCCCAGUUGCCGUCGAACAACGACAAGGCGAAGCAAAUCGCUCAUCUUCCAGCACGCCCUCACAGCCGUCUUCCGUAUCCUCCUCCCAGUUAUCCUCGAUAUAUGGCCCCUCCUUCCCCGCCGUCGUCACGUCCACUUCAAUUUACUCCAUAUAUGCCGCUUCAGCGUCCAUAUCCGCCUCACCGCCGACCUUAGUUCGAUCGAAACUGCUUGUGACUGAGGAUUCUGUGAAGUGUGGCGCAGUUUGCAAUACGUAUCGCGAAUACGUUUCGACUUUGUUGUCGGGAUCUGUACCCGUCGCUUUGCUCUGGUGUGUACACCAUGUUAGUGGGUACAUCAUGCAUGUACAACUUGGAUUGCCGAUGUGGUGUUGAGCCUAGAUGGUGCAUCUAUCAGCUGUACAGCCUGGCUCGGACGCUCAGAUGCCCUGCAGCUCAUUCAUUGUUAAUCAAUUUGUUUCGGAUCCGAGGCACAUCUUAUCUGAAUGAUGAAUCUUUUGAUCACGUACAGUCCUGUCAACAAGUAAAUGUCGUCGCACUUCUAGAUGUAGGAAACUUGACAGUCGAAAUGAACUUCGAGGUUC